CGUCGAAGCAUAUGGGCGAAAGGCAGAUUAGUCCCGUCCCCCACCGAGAAAUUAAGAGCCGCCUUCGAGAUUGGCGGAAACACGUUCACACACACACUUUUAUUCCCCCCCUGCGGCGGGCCUUCUCCUGCUUUCGGGCGGCGGGGCGGUUUGCAGGCACGGCCCCGCCAUGAUAGGCAGGUUGCGGAGGAGCUGGGAGACCUACAAGUACCGCUUCGUGCCCUGGAUCGCGCUUAAUCUCCGCCAUAAGCGCAGGACUUUGCGGUUUGUGCCAGAAGAAUCUAAAGACAAAAUUGCUUCUGAUGAAAAUGUUCUUCAAACAUUACUGAAAACAUUUAGAUCUUUGUUUGUAAAUGACUUGAGCAGACAAAUGUGCCUUUUGGACCUAAUUCCAGAAAUUAAAUUGAAAUAUCCAGAAAUACAUUCAGUGCAAUCCCAAAUAAUACCCAAAGCAAUAUCCAAUGAUCAAGAAUGCCAAAGAGCCCUUAAUCCAGAAGAAGUUCUGUUCAGCACACUAGGAUUCAACAUUAUUCGACAACCCAGUUCACUGGAGUCAGCUGGAAUAGGAGUUUUUGUAGCAAAAGGGUUUGUUCCAGAAGGAACAGUCGUAUCAAUGUAUCCUGGUACAGUCUAUGAAAAUCAUGAACCCAUCUUUUUUCAAUCCAUUGGCAAUCCAUUUAUAUUUAGGUGUAUCGAUGGUGUACUUAUUGAUGGAAAUAAUAGAGGAAUCUCAAAGGCUAUAUACAGGUCAUGCAGCAAAAGAGAUCAAAUUGGUCCUUUAAAAAUGUGUGAUGUCUUUUGGCUUACAACUGCUAUGCAGAAUCCACUGGCUGUGGGACAAUAUGUCAAUAAUUGUUCAUCAGAAAAAGAAGCAAAUGUUUGCUAUCAGGAACUGAACAUACCUAAAUGUUUUCCGGUAGAAUUUAAACAGUAUCUUCCAAACAUAAAAUAUAGCCAUGAAAUAGAAAGGCCCUUGAGAUGUGUGGUUUUGGUAGCUCUCCGAAAUAUUGGCCCAGGAGAAGAACUUUUUUCGAACUAUUACACAGUUAUUUCUUGAUGGUCAACUAUGGAUUUUUACAGUGAUUAAACCAAAUGUGGUAUCUUUUAACAAAGAAUACAAAAUUUUUAUUGAGAGUUAGGUCAUGGCUUCAAUUAUAUAUUUACUAAGUCAACUUUGUUGGGUUUUUUAAACAGCCUAUCUGAAAGCUUUGGUUGAAAUUUAAACUUUGUGGAUUAAUAUGGGACAUAACUUAUUUGGGAAAUGCUUGCUACACAAACACCAGUACAAGAGUUGAAAUAAACAGUGUUCCCCUGUGUACCUGGCUCCAGCAUAGAGACUUCAUGUUGUUCAUUGUCUCCCUCUGUUGUCUUUUAAAUGUAUUGGAUUUAACACAUUUCAUAUUUUGGGUUUUGAAUGGCUUUAUCAUUUCUUUUACUAUUGUUAAAAGAAUUUUGUCCAUUUAGUUAACUUAAAAAAUAUAAACCAAAAAAUUGCUUAU